AUGGAGGCGUCGUCGUCUACGAAUGUCACAGCAAAACCAUUAUUAUUAACACGCCGUAUAAUUAAUAAUAAAAGCCAACAAUCAACAUCAAUCAUAACAUGCACAUUUCAUACAAAUCAUCACCAGCAACAACAACAACUCACUACUUCUAGUACUAAAACACCGCCAUGGAAACUAAUAUUGUCACCCCGCCGCCGCCAGAUUAAACCCUUACAGGAAUAUCAUCUAGCCCCCCUAGUGCUUAGUAUUAAUCCUUUUCAGAAACUAGCAGCCUCCGCACUAGACUUUGUGGAACAGUCACUUAUUGGACUUGAAAAAAUUAACAUUAAUAAUAAAUUGCCUAGCUCAAUUGACCCGGACAUUCAACUGAUGGGCAACUUUGCCCCUGUUCGUGAAUGCCCGGUUCAACACGGGUUGGAAGUGAUAGGUGAGAUACCCGCUUGCUUAUCUGGGGUUUACCUUAGAAAUGGGGCAAACCCCAUGUUUAAACCAACCGGUGGUCACCAUUUGUUUGAUGGUGACGGCAUGAUACAUGCCGUCACGUUGGGCCCCAACAAUAAAGCCAGCUAUUGCAGCCGGUUCACUAGAACCAGCCGCCUGGUCCAAGAACAGUCGCUAGGCCGGCCGUGUUUCCCCAAGCCAAUAGGCGAGCUGCAUGGCCACCUUGGUUUAGCCCGCCUAGCGCUGUUUUAUGCCAGGGGUUUAGCCGGGUUGAUAGACACAAGUCAUGGGACUGGCGUAGCGAAUGCGGGCUUGGUUUAUUUCAACGGUCGGUUGUUGGCAAUGUCGGAAGAUGAUUUACCUUACAGCAUAAAGAUUAAAGAAGAUGGCGAGAUAGAAACAUGUGAACGGUUUGAUUAUGAAGGACGAGUCAAGUGCCCGUUAAUCGCGCAUCCUAAGGUGGACCCCGUGACAGGUGAACUUUUCUCGUUAAGUUACGAUGUUGUGAAAAGGCCUUACCUUAAAUUCUUCAGUUUCGAGAAAAAUGGUCAAAAGUCACGUGAGGUUUCUAUUUCCUUAGACCAGCCGACAAUGAUACAUGACUUUGCUAUCACGCAAGGUCACGUGAUCAUUCCGGAUCACCAGGUUGUAUUCAAGUUAUCCGAAAUGGCGCGGGGCAAGUCACCCGUGGUUGUUGACCCGAAUAAGGUAUCAAGAUAUGGUGUUUUACCUAAAUCCGCUGAAAACGAAUCGGGUGUCCAAUGGAUCGAUGUACCCGAUUGUUUCUGUUUCCAUUUAUGGAAUGCAUGGGAAGAAGUAGACCUAAUAAAUAAUAAUGAUAAUAAUGAUAAUAAUAAUAAUAAUAAUGGGGAUAAGAUCAUUGUCGUAAUCGGGUCAUGCAUGACUCCUGCGGAUGCCAUGUUCAAUGAAAGCAGCAACGAUGAUGAUGAGCCUCUUCGAAGUGAAUUAACCGAAAUUCGGUUAAACACAACAACCGGGGAAUCAUCAAGACGUGUUAUCGUGCCGGGAAUGAAUUUGGAUGCGGGAAAUGUAAACAAGAGACGCCUUGGACGUAAAACACGAUUUGUUUAUUUGGCAAUAGCUGAACCUUGGCCAAAAUGCAGCGGCAUUGCCAAGGUUGACCUGGAGACAGGAUAUGUCACCAAGUUAUUCUACGGGAACGAAAGGUAUGGAGGGGAACCAUGUUUCGUUCCCGUAGGAGGGACUAACGGGGAGGAAGACCAAGGGUAUUUAAUGACUUAUGUUAGGGAUGAAGAUAAAGAGAGGUCGGAAUUAGUAAUAGUAGAGGCUUCAAGUAUGAAGCAAGUUGGGAUAGUGAAGAUACCUAGUAGAGUUCCGUAUGGUUUUCAUGGCACCUUUGUUACCACUCAAGAUUUAGCUACCCAUCACAUUAAUUAA